AUGCUGGAGAAUUUUGGCCAUGUGGCCUCUCUGGAUGAGGAUCCCUUUCUCCUGGGCUGUCUCCUUCUUGCUGUGAGGAGUGGCUAUAAGGAAGUCCUGAUGUGGAAGGAUGUGCUCAGUCUGUGUGCCUUGUGGCUGAUCUCUGACACCCUCCAUGAGCCUUCCUCUGAUGUGGAUUUUGGUUCCUUUGGGCAGCUACGGAAAGACACCCUUGAUGCCUUCUCUGCCAUCUCCUCUGCGUGGGGAAAAGAAAACAACCGCCAUGCAGCCUGCCCAGAACCUGGGAUGGCCAAACCUGACCUCAUAUCCUGGCUGGAAGAAGAGCAAGCACUGUUUCUCCGUGGCUCUGAUGAAAAGGAGGGAUUGGCAGCUCGAGAUUCUCUGAAGAUCUUGGCUGGUGGAAGCCUUAAUAUACAUCGAAAAAUUCACACAGGGGAGAAGAAAUAUAAAUGCCUAGAGUGUGGGAAAAACUUUGGGCGGAAAGAUUCUCUUACUUCCCAUAAAAUAAUUCACACAGGGGAAAAGAAAUAUAAAUGCCUGGAAUGUGGAAAGAUGUUCAUACGGAGGGACAGCCUUAAUAAGCAUCAAAGAAUUCACACAGGGGAGAAACCAUAUACAUGCUUAGAAUGUGGAAAAAGCUUCAGUCUGAGAGGAAUACUUAUUGUCCAUAAAAAAAUUCACACAGGGGAAAAAAAAUACAAAUGCUUGGAAUGUGGAAAAAGCUUCACUCAGAGUGGAAACUUAACCACCCAUCAAAGAAUUCACACAGGGGAAAAGAAAUUCAAAUGUUUGGACUGUGGAAAAAGCUUCAGUCAUAGUACAAGCCUUACUUCUCAUCAAAGAAUUCACACAGGGGAGAAGAAAUACAAAUGUCUGGUAUGUGGAAAAUGCUUCAGUUGGAGGGACAGCCUUACUUCCCAUCAAAGAAUUCACACAGGGGAGAAACCGUAUAAAUGCUUGGAAUGUGGGAAAAGCUUCAAUCGAAGGCAUCACCUUACUUACCAUCAAAGAAUCCACACAGGGGAGAAGAAAUUUAAAUGCCUGGAGUGUGGAAAAAGCUUCAGUCAUGGUGGAAGCCUUAAAACACAUCAAAGAAUUCACACAGGGGAAAAGCCAUAUAAAUGCUUGGAGUGUGGAAAAAGCUUCAGUGAGAGUGGAAAACUUGGUGGCCAUCGAAAAAUUCACACAGGGGAGAAAAAACAUAAAUGUCUGGAGUGUGGAAAAACCUUUCAACGGAAAGGUAGUCUAAUGAUCCAUCAAAGAAUUCACACAGGGGAGAAACCUUAUAAAUGCCUGGAGUGUGGAAAAAGCUUUACCCAGAGUGCACACCUUACUUGCCAUGAGAGAAUGCACAGAGGGGAGAAACCGUAUCAAUGUCUGGAGUGUGGAAAGAGGUUCCUUCAUGGUGGACACCUUACUACCCAUCAAAGAAUUCACACAGGGGAGAAACUAUAUAAAUGCCUGGAGUGUGGGAAAAGCUUUAGUCAGUGUAGAAACCUUACUUUCCAUAAAAGAAUUCACACAGGGGAGAAGGAAUACAAAUGUCUGGAAUGUGGAAAAAACUUCCGUUGGAGUGACAACCUUAUUUCCCAUCAAAGAACACACACAGGGGAAAAACCAUAUACAUGCCUGGAAUGUGGAAAAUCCUUUCCGCGGAAAGAUAGUUUAACUUCCCAUCAAAGAACGCACACAGGGGAGAAACCAUAUAAAUGCCCGGAGUGUGAGAAAAGCUUUAGUCAGAGAAGAAGUCUUACUUUCCAUAAGAGAAUUCACACAGGGGAGAAGCCAUAUAGAUGUUUGGAUUGAGGACAACACUUC